AUGAGAUUAAAAAGCGUUAUCAGAUCACAUUAUGACAACAACAGCAACGCAUCGAAUGAGAAGAAACUCGAAGGGCUUGACUUGAACGUGGGCAGCACACCAAUUUGCUGUAACUGUCACAUAAGCGGAUCGGAAGAUCGUGUCUGGGAUACGAGAACUGGUCAAUGUAAAUGUCGCUCUCAUGUCAUCGGACGAACGUGUGAUCGAUGCGAACGUGGCUAUUGGAACAUCGACUCAAAGAAAGGUUGCGUACAAUGCGCGUGCAAUAUUAAUGGAAGUGAAGAACAUCCAUGUGACGUUCACACUGGACAAUGUAGAUGUAAACCAGGAGUAGAAGGUGUAAAUUGUGAUCGAUGUCGUCCAGGAUAUUAUGGAUAUUCUCCAAGUGGUUGUAAACAAUGCAGCAUUUGUGACAGUUCUGCAAAGACUUGCGAUCAGGAAACUGGUCGUUGUGUAUGUCCACCUCGAAGUCAUGGAUCUGAAUGUCAACAUUGUUAUCCAAAUACUUGGGGAUGGGAGUACAUCAAAGGAUGCAAAGAUUGUGAUUGCAAUUCAAUCGGAUCACUGAAGCAAUCUUGCGACGUCAAGACAGGUCAGUGCGUUUGCAAAGAAGGCUACAUUGGAAGAACGUGUGACUAUUGUGCGGUUGGAUAUUAUGGAUAUCCAAAUUGUCAGAAAUGUAAUUGUGAUACCAGUGGAUCACUUAACUUAGAAGGAAAUGAAAUAAUUGAUUGCGAUGAUCGUGGGCAAUGUUCAUGCAAAGAUUUAACGACUGGAUUGAAAUGCGAUGAGUGUCGUCAAGCAACGUUUGGUCUUUCGCAAUCUAAUCCCAGUGGAUGUACGCGUUGUUUCUGUUUUGGAAGAUCACAAGAAUGUAAACAAAAUCCGUACAUUUGGGGACAGAUAAGAUUGAUGGGUCCAAGAAAUGUCACCGUUCAUUAUAUCAACGAUCGACGUAGCAACAAAGAUAUUCUUCAAGUUGUCGUCACUCACUUCAGAAACAAUCAAAUCUAUCGUGAAGGUGGAAGAAUUACAUCUUUCAAUGGUCUUGCAGUAUUUCCAAGUUACAGUGGCAACGUCACAAUCGGCUCUCGACAAGCUUUUCAUCAUCCAUUCUACUUUCAAUUGCCAAAAGAAUUUCUCGGCGACAGAACACGCAGCUAUGGUGGAUUUUUAAAUUAUUCAAUAAAUCAGGAAGGCUGCAGUUCGAAAUUGAAUGACGAAACUUUGAGAGAAUUUCCCCUCGUUCAACUUCACACACAUUACAAACUUCUUUUGGAUUAUUUUCAUCCUGAAAGUUUCAACACAUCAAUGACGAGUUCGUCUUAUCAUGUCGUUCUUCAUGAAUCCUAUUGGCGUUAUAAUUCGAAUGGUUAUAACAUCAGUCGUGCUGUUAUGAUGACAGCACUUCAGAAUAUCAAACAUAUUUUCCUUAGAUCAACAACAUGUCCAGAUUUCACUGAAGUUGUUCUUGUUAAUGUCACUUUACACAAUGGAAUGCCUGUAAAUGGUAAUCACAAUGCAGCUAUUGCAUCUGGAGUUGAAAAAUGUGAAUGUCCUGAAAUGUAUUCAGGAGAUUCAUGUCAAAAUCCUGCUGAUGGUUACUAUCGAUGGAGAAACGAAACGAUACAUUCAACGAUGUUAGAAGAUUUAAUAGGAAAAGUUCUGCCUUGUGACUGUAAUGGAAGAAGUGACAUUUGCGAUCAAGAGAAUGGAAAAUGUUUGAAUUGUAAACACAAUACCGGUGGAGAUUAUUGUGAAAUUUGUGCUGAAGGCUAUUAUGGUCAUCCAGAAGAAGAAUGUUCACCAUGCCCAUGUCCUGAAACUAACAAAAAUUUCGCCAGAGGUUGUUAUGUAACACAAACCAGCGUUUCGUGUCGAUGUAGAGAAGGUUAUACUGGACCGCUUUGUGAUCGAUGUGAUAAAGGAUUCUUUGGAUAUCCACAGCAUGUCGAUGGUUAUUGUGAAAGUUGUGACUGUAAUCCUGAAGGAAUUGUGUCAGAUGAAUGUGACGAAUUGACUGGGCAAUGCAACUGCAAGAGAGGAGUAAUAGGAAGACGAUGCGAUAGAUGUGAAUUGCCAAGACAUUUAUUAAUCGAUUAUCAGUGUCAACUUUGCGAUAAUUGCACCCAAACUCUCCUCGAUACAAUCGAUGAAAUGAUGUAUCAAUUUGAGAUUAAUACACAAGACACAAAUUUACAUAAUCUCAAAGCUCCUUGGAUCAAACUUUAUACUUUGUCAAAUGAAACUGAUGAGUUGAGUGGAAAGUUUGACGAAUAUUUUGACGCUGUUGAUGCUGUUGAUAAUUUUAAUGAUCUUGCAACUGAUGAGUUAAUGACAAAAGCAGAAAGCAUCAACAACAGAGCCAGUAAAGUCAGCGCAUAUUCUGAUAAAAGACUUCAGAAAUCAGAUAAAAUGAAGAUUGAUGCUGAAUCAAUUUUAAUGGAUAUUCGAGACAUCACAGGCGUUGUUCAGGAAACGAUCAUCAAUCUAGAGAAUUAUGGCAGCGAUGAUCAUCAUAUUAAACUUCCAAUCGCACUUAGAGAAGCUCAAAUGUAUUUAAACGACAUUAAACAUCGAUCGAAGAACAUGCCACAAUCACAAGAAUCAUUGAAAUGUGCCAAUGAAAAGUUUGACUUCUGGUCUGAUGAACUUGAAACUUUAACCAAACAAAAUAAAAAAUUGGAAAAUUAUUUGACUGCCAGAAAGAUUUUCAACGAACGACUAGACGACUUAAAGAAUUUAACACAUCGAACGUUCCGUGAUGCUUCAGAAACUGAAGCGUUCUUAACGAAGAAUAGAAAAGAUUUUGAGAAGUUAAAGGAAACAGCAAAUGAAUUGAAUAAUAAAAAUGAUGAAGUUGAAAACUUUUUAAAUGAAGAAAUCAUUGCACAAAGUGACACAAUGAUGGAGUCGUUGCACGAUACCAUCGCAAAGCUAAAAAUUGACAACAACGAUUUGGUUUAUUUAAAUGAUGUUGUUGAUAAAACAAUUAAUGAGCGUGGAAAUGAACUUGAACUGAUGAAGACAACAAUAAUUCCAGAAGCACGUGACCAUGCAGAAGAUUUGUCACGACGAAGUAAGAUUAUUGUCGAUCUUUUCCAACAUAGUAAAGAUGGAGCGAGAGUUGCAAUGUUGGCUGGAACUGCUCAUAAGAAUAUCUCAGAUGCGAUUGACUCUGCAAGAGAUGCUGCCGACAAAGCUUAUAAAGCUGCAGUGUUCAGUAAUGACAAAUUGAAUCCAGUUGAUCCUGAAGAAGAGACGAUGAUUGAGAAAGGUCAAGACUUGUCACUCGAAUCAGAAGCAAUUCAGAGCGAUGCUGAAAAUCAAAUUUCAAAGAUUAAAGAUUUGAAGGAAAUGCUUAAUGAACAGCAAGGAAUUGUUCAGAACAUGAGUAAUCUAAUCAAAACGAGUGGAAAAGCCAACAAUGAAAUGUCAGCACUUAUCACGAAAUUAGGCAACAGCGAGACGAGAAAAACUGUUCAAGAAUCGUCAGUUGAUGCUGAUGAGAUUCUUGAAGGUAUGAAAAACAUUGAGAAGGAAACUCUCGAUAUGAAUGACGAUGUGAAGAAGUUGAAAGAACGAUUGGAAGAUUUGGAUCCUGAAUGGGACAGCAAAUACGGUUUAGCAGAAGAAAAUGUUGCGAAGUCAUUAAUUAACAUUCGUGAAGCUAACAACACAUGGCAUGUUAAUGAACCAACAAUAAGACAACAGAAUGAAAAGUUUGCAGCAUGGAAUGAAUCGUUCUCGUUGAAAUUGCAAGAAUUAAGAGCGAAAAUUGCACAAGCGAAACAUGCAGCUGAAAGUAUUCGAGUGUCAGUUGAGUCAACAGAAGAAGAUUGCGUUCGUUCAUAUUUCCCAACAACCAUCGGACCAUCAACAUCAAACAUUAUCGUCAUGACGAUUGCUUUAAGUUCAAAGAAUUCUAAUUCGCCGCUUUUAUUCCUUCAAGGUGAAGAUCAGAAAUUCAUCGCUUUAGAAAUGAUCAACAGGAAGAUUUAUUUGUUGUGGAAUUUGGGAGCUGACACUGGAAUCAUAAUGCAUCCGAUGGAGAUUCAACCAAGAGAUCCAAAAUACGACGACGCUUGGUACAAAAUUGAAGUGAAACGAACAAUGAACAUUGGAAGUUUAACAGUUCGUCGUAUGACUAAUGAAGGUGAAUUUGCUAAAUCAAAUGAAGUGUCGGGAGCGACGAGUCAAGAUUACACAAGAAUCACGACUGAUACAACAAGUCGUGUUUACCUGGGCGGUGUUCCUGACAGUCUCAGACCAGUUGAGAUGAAAUCCAUCAAUGGACUUGCUGUGAUUGUUCAUCAACUUUUUAUUGAUCAUCUUCAAGUCGGUCUCUGGCAUUUUGCAUCAUCCGAAGGGAAAUGUGAAGGAGCAAUGUUGGGGGCGACGGAAACUUCUGAGAGCUCGCGUCACUUCAAUGGACUUGGCUAUUCAGUUGUUCGAAGUUUAAGUUCAAGAGCGCAUCCUAAGAAAGUUUUUUCACUUCAAAUCACUUUCAAAACAUUCGAUGAAAAUGCGCUGAUUUUCCUAACAGUUGACGAGAAAAAUAAUCGUUCAAUAUCGUUGACACUUUACGAAGGUAAACUUGUGUUUAGAAUCGACUAUGGUGGUGAAUCACAAUUGGAAAUUAACACGACGAAUCGUUACAACACCGGAAAUUGGGUAAAUGUAGAAGCAGCACGAGAAUUCACACCGAAGAGAAGCACCGAAAAUGGAAGCUUAAAAGUCGACAAUGAAGAACCACAAACAGGUUCGCCAACGAAACCAGUGACGUCUGCUUUACUUCCUGAUGUAUCGAGGGAGCUUUUCUAUCUUGGUGGCGUUCCACCAGGGUUUAAGACAGGAACAACAAAGGCACCUGGUGCGGAUUACAAUUUCUUUGGCUGUUUGAGAGAUGUUCUGAUAAAUGGCGAGAACUUCGAUCCACUCGACAGUCAAAGCUUCUUCGGUGUUGAACCAUCAUGUAAGGAAGUCGUGUCGAAAGCAGGCUUCAAUGGCAACGGUUAUCUUGAGUUGCCAUCACAUUCACUUAAAAAACGCGCAAACUUUGGCUUCGUCUUCCGAACUUUACAAUCUGAUUGUUUACUUUUAUUCUCUGGCUAUCCACCACAAACAAUGGCAGAUUAUGACGCGAAAGAUGUUCGUGGAAACUUUUCUGUUUCACUUAUUAAUGGUCAUGUUAAUGUUUGGGUUGAUGCUGGUAAAGGACGAGUUGAGCUUGAAUCUAAUUUGACGCUUAACGAUGGAGAAUUUCAUGUUGUGAAUGUGAAUAAAAUUGGAAGAAGAUUUGAACUUCGGAUUAAUGAUAAUCUUCAAACAACCAACACACUUGCAGCUACACCAGCAUUGGUCAAUAGUCCAGAAGAAUUUGGUGGUUUGUUUGUUGGUGGCGUUCCUGACUUCCCUGAAUUUGAUAAUCUCGCACCAACAUUCACUGGCUUACAUGGCGCAAUCAAAGAUAUCGUUUUUAAUAACAAAACGAUUUCAUUUGGUGAAGUUAUGAGCUUUAAGAAUGUUCAUAUUGGCGGCUUGGGACCACCGAUGGGAAUGGGAACAAUGUUGAUGAAGUCAGAACCAGCUGGAAUGAAGUUUAAAGAGACAACUGAAGAUUGUCAAAGGCUCAUAGAACAACAAUUGUUGUCUUUUCCUGACAUGAUCGAAUGCAUUUCGUGCCAACAGGUCGGCAGUUACUCUUAUGAACCGAACGCUUUUAAGUUCGGUAAUGGACCGCACAGUUUCUCAAUGGUGCAGAUUCCAUCACGAAACUUAUGGCAUCGAAACUUUAACAUUCAAUUUGACUUCCGGACUUUUUAUCCUGAUGGAUUUUUAUUUGCUGCGCCGGAUUCACGUGAGAAACCAAAGCAUUACGCUUACUUGUACUUGCGCAAUGGAAAUCUUAUUCUUGUUUUGAGAAGCAGGCGACGUGAAGAAAUUUCAUUACCAGUGAAAAUCAAUGACGGCUUGUGGCAUCAUGUGACAAUCGAUUCUCGAAACCAUAUAGUGACGUUAAGUGUCUCGAGAAAUGGAAAAAGUCCCGGCAAUGUUGUUAGCCAAGCAAAGAUUAAAAUUCCAAAGAAAUUUUUCGUAGCAAAUUCACUUUUCAUUGGUGGACUUCCACAAAAACCUCCGAAAUUCCAUCGAGAUGUUACAAGUCGGAAAGAAGACUUUCGGGGAUGCAUUCGACGUUUUCAUGUCAACACAAUUACUCAGGACCUUGCACGUCGUUACAAUAAUCUUGGGCAAUGUUUUCCACGCGUCGAAAGAGGCUCAUAUUUCUCAGGCGAUGCUUUUGCAGAAUAUAAAAAAGAGUUUAACGUUGGAAAGCAUUUGGAAAUUGAAAUGGAUUUCAAGUCUUCUGAAUUGAGUGGAAUUUUAUUGAGCAUUGCUGACCCGCACAUCGGAUCACCUUCAUUAUCAAUUGAAGUGUUUAACGGAAAGGUGAUAAUGUCAUGUGACCUUGGCGAUGGUGAAACAUUCCGCGCUGAAACUAAAUUCAAAUCUAAAUUUUCUCUCUGUGAUAACAAAUGGCACAAUAUAUCUGCCCUUUAUGAUACUCAUCAAGUUGCUAUUAGGAUAGAUGAUCAACCUUUUGUGGUAGCUUACGCUUCAUCAAGAAACAUUGGAAAGCUCCAAACCAAGUCUCCAUUAUACAUUGGUGGAAUGCCGGAAUCAGCACCAAGUCGGACUGUUAUGAUGCGAGAAAACUUCAAAGGAUGCAUAAGAAAUGUUAAAUUGAGUUCAGGUAUUAAUGGAAUGGGAAUUGUGGAUUGGACAGACAUGGAUCAACUUCACAAUGUUUUACUUAACGAAUGUCCUUCAGGUGUAAAGUGAAAUGAAGAAAUUCUCCACUUAAUUGCCAUUUGAAACGUACAAAACUUCUUUAUCAUUAAGAAAUAAAUAAAUUAUUUUAAUGUGUAAAUAUUUUAUAACGAAAACAACAUGAAAAACAAAUGAAAUGUGUUCAUAAAGAAUCUUAAUGCAAUUUGCAUUUCUUGCAAUUAAAAGUUCACAAGUAAAACAGAAACUUUGCCAAUUUAACGUUUUAAGGACACGAAAGUAUUUCAAUUAAGUUAAAUAAUUUAUUUAGUGAAAAAGAGUCAUCGUUGCCAUAUUCAAAGCGAAGUUUAUCGCUGUUUAUCAUGUAGAAUUCUGUUUUUAAAACUAUAAGUAUCAUUGAUAUCAUCUUUGUAAACUUUAAGCAACUUUUUAUACUUUUUCUAUGUGUUUGUGAGUAAAUGAAGCAUUUCUGUGAAAUGUUUAAUAAAGAAUUAAAUGAAAAGUCUCAG